AAUGGAGAUGAGCACCGCCCCCUAGAGACAGGAACGACUAGCACAUAUGUGCAUGGGGAACCUUUACCUAUCAUGUUAUAACGAAGAUACUUCAGAGAACAUUGGAAUCUGAUAGAGGGUGACUGUCUUUGAGGAAACCCAUAGAGCACUGUGAGGGGCCCCAGUGGAGGAUACAUCAAGAACUGAUGGCCAUCAUGUUGCAAGGAAUCCUUCCUUGCUGUGAGCCAGACCAAAUAGGGCCAAGAAUAUCUCAUGGUUGUCAUGCGUAACUACAACCCAUAGAACUGCCAUCUUCCCAUUACUGAAACUAUGGAACUAUGUUGUUGGGAGGUACGCUACUAAGGUAGAUAAUUGUUUGAAUGUUUCUUAGAAUAAUGGACUGCUUCUUUACUGGCCUGCUUCAGAUAGUCUUAUACAAUAGAAUGUUUGCACAUUUUAAUCCAGCUUUCCUUAUGAGCAAGCUCCAGCCUAGGUACACUCACAUCCUAUCCUUUGGUCCCAUUUUAUGACCUGAUCAAACUAGUGUGCUCUUCUUGUACCUCAAAUGACAUACACUUUUCUCUCCCAGGAUUGCCUGAACUGGAAUUGGGAGUCAGUGAGCAUCAAUUUGGACAGCCAGCCAUGGGGGAGCAGAUCCCAUGGGCAGAAAAUCCCAUGGCUUCCAUCAACAGAGGACCUAUGACUAAACCGGAUGACCAGUGCAUCACUUCUCAGCUGGAUGAGCUCUUAUGCCCUCCCACCACCCCAGAAGGAAGAAAUGAUGAGAAAGCACUUUUGGAACAACUGGUGUCCUUCCUGAGUGGCAAAGAUGAAAAUGAGUUGGCAGAAUUGGAUCGAGCUCUUGGCAUUGACAAACUGGUCCAGGGGGGUGGCCUAGAAGCACUGACGGAGAGGUUCCAGCCACAACAAGGAACACCACCACAAACUCUUAUGAUGGAUCAGAAACCCGGCAUGUACCCUCAGCCUUAUCCCUCGGCUUCCCCCACUGCCAACCUUCCUGGGCCUUUCCCAGGCAUCGUGAGGCAGAAACAGUCCUUUGGACCUAUAUCUGUCCAAGUCCCUUCACCUCGUGGGGCUUUCCCUGCUGUGGGGAUGCAGCCACGACAGGCACUCAAUAGGCCUCCAACAGCUCCAAAUCAGUUGCGGCUGCAGUUACAACAACGUCUACAAGGGCAACAGCAGGUGAGUCCAGUCUCAGCUUGUCUGGUCAUUGCCCAUUAUGUGCUGGCCAAGCUGAAGUAA